AUGGCUAAUGAAGUAUAUCAAAUAACCGAAAGAGAUUUUUUGAAUAUGGUGCGAAAACCUCAUUGUCUUGGCACCGAAAAACGCAAUGGUAAAGCUGAGGAAGGACACGAAAAAUGUAAUAUUUGCAAAGGUAAUUAUUUUGUUGGUGGCGAAUGUAAUUAUGGCGGCAGGCACUUAAUGGAUGCUGAUUUAAACAGCAUUAAUAAAAAUUUCGCCCAGUUUGGUGAACUAGUUAGCAAACAAAUCGAAAUUAGUCAGAGUAAAAAUGAAAAAGAGUUUAAUAAAAGGAAAGCAAGAGUAAUUGGUAAAUUUCAAGAAUUAGAAAGCAAAUGUAAUGAUGAUGAAGGCAAAAGUUUAUUGCGAGGUAGUUGUAUUGGUUUAGAUGGCACGGAAACUGCUUUUAAUAAAAAAGUUAUUCUGCUACUUCGUGAUUUAGCACGACAAUUAAGAGAAUAUAUUGAAGCAACUCAAAAUUCUACUUGGGAAAUGUUGCAAGCCUUUAACAAUAAAUUAGAUGAAUUAGAUAAGAUGCAAGCAGAGUCUACUCGUUUAGCGAAAUCUUGA